UAAUGAUAAUACUUAUGAUGUGAUAGUAGUGCAGUCUGUUGCGAGAUAGCAAGAGGUGUUGAAACAUGAAUCAAGCUAACGUCGAAAAAUUAGUUUCUAAAUUAAAAUACAAUGUAAAACCAAAACGUAAAUUAAGAAACUCAGAUGGUCCGGUAGGAAGGAUUCGAAAAAUUCAAAAAACUUUAACAGCAUUGUUGAAAUAUGAAAGAAUCGAAUUAAAUUAUGGUCGAGCCGAUGAAACAAGAGGUUAUGUUGAACGUUUAAUAUCAGAAGCUGUUCGUAAUGGCCCGGAUAAUGUAGAAACAAUGAAUGUGGCAAAUUUCUGGAUUCUUGAAAAACAACUUGUUCAUAAACUUUUUAAAGUACUUGCACCAAGGUAUAAGGACUAUGCGGUUUCUUAUACAAAACUUCAUAAAGCACCGUACAAUUAUCCUGAGAGUAGAUAUCCAAGAGCUGUUUUAGAACUUAGAGGAAAUAUAUAUCCAAGCGUUGAACAAAAUAAUCCAAAUGAACAUAAUUUACUCCACAAUAUAUUGCUUAGCGCAGCGAGAAAAGAAUUUAGACUGGAAAAAUACAAAGAAAUUGCUGACAAUAUAACAAAUAAUAAUAAUAAUGCAAAUAAAUAAUAGAGGUAAUUCAAAUGUAUUGAUGUUUCGUUUUCUCUAAAUUUAGUCCUAGAAAAUAUUUAUUAUAAUAAAUACAAAUUAAUAGUAAUUAUGAAUAUGA